AACGCAACGCGGUCGAAGGACCCGCUUGCGUUUCUCCACCCACAACGAACGUUCCAUCCCGGCGGACUCCACCACUGCCAUGUUUGAGACCUGGUCGUGGAUGGAAAGUCAUUCCGCGUCUGCUAGCAUAUUGGUUUUACUGUAACGAUGUACUGAAUUUUUAGAUGCGGACUUUUGACUUUCUUAUCAGACGUUAGGCGGGACGGAGAUUGCAUCAUGUCAGCUAACGCACAAGAUUUUGAAUUUGAAUACGACAAACCGGGUGCUGAGCGUUCACGGAGAAGAAGGGGUGAAGAUGAUACUAUAGAGAGCGAUUUGGAAGAAGACCUGUUAGGAGAGGAUUGGUUAUCUAGUAAAAAGAAUCCCUCAGAAGUCUCAGAUGAAGAGCUGAAUGAUGACCUUCUUCAAAGUGAUGAUGAGGAUGCACAUAUGGGUGAACAGCACGUCAAUGCCACAUACAACAUGGGUACAUCAUAUGAUGAAGACGGCAACCUUCAGGAUAUAGACUACACAGAUGAUGUUAUGAACCUGGGUGUAGAAGGCUGUGAAGAAGGGGGUGAGGGGGUGUACCAGCAGGAGGAAGAAGAGGCAUAUACUGAAGAAUACAACCAAGAAGACAAUCCGGACAUCUCUGAGGACCAGAUUGAGUACACUGGAGACCUAUGCGAGGAUGACAAUGGGUACCAAGAUGAAGUGCUGGACAUUCAAAUCAAUGAACCUAUAGAUGGUGAAUUUCAAGAUGAAGAAUACCGAACAUCCUAUGGGGAGGAGCCUCUUCAUAUGGAUGGCAUUGCUCAGGAGGAAGAUGCUGAGGAGAAUGUUGGUGAAGAACUGCAAGGCCAAGAGGCCACCGACCUGGACAGAGGUGGAGUCUAUGACACAGAGGAGGGGGAAAAUGAAACUAUGCUCCACGACGAAUCAAAGGAGGAAUCAAACGAGGAGGAGGAGGAAGACGAAGAGUCUGGCCGACUACGGUUCAAAUCUGAGAGGAAGGACGGUGCUAUCGAGCGGUUGGCAGAUGCAAGCAAUAAAAGACGGAACAUUCCUGACAAACUAGAGCUGUCGGAGAAAGCCAAGAAAGAUUUAAUGGAGUUUGAAGAGCAAGAGCGUCAGAAGAGACAAAACCGCUACGGAGGCCGAGGUGGAGGACGAGGAGGAAGAGGAGGCAGGGGCAGAGGAGGCUUCCCUGGUUUUGGAUCGUCAGAUUUCAGAGGAGGGAAAAGAGGUCGAAUGCAUGAGAUAAUGCCUCCACUGAUGGGAAACAUGAACAUACAGCCAUCUUCCCGAAUGCCGCCCCCCCAUCAGCACCAACUUCCGUCCCAUCAGCACCAUCCGUCACGUCCAAGAGGGCCUCAUCCCUUCCAGGAUCACGGGCGUCCCCUUCCCCAGCAGUCUCUCCAGCCUCUCAUGCCCCCUCACAUGGCACAUCGCUCCCCGCCACUGCGGCCACAGAUGGAUACGUCCCCAAGAAUGAUGAGCUCGCCCCCACCCAACUUCCCUCAGCAUCACCAGCAGCAGCCUCCACAUUCUAAAAACAUCCACAUCAACCCCCACUUCAGAGGACCUUCACAGUCAUCUGUACAAGUGCCCUUGAUGCCUCCUGCUCAGAGCCAGCCCAGACCUGCUGUGGGUCCUCAGAGGUUCCCAGGACCAGGAGACUUCCAGCAGCACUUGCCAGGUAAUUUUGGUCAGCCCCAGCGGCCCCCUCAUCACAUGGAGCCCUUGAGAAGCCAGUCACAUCAAGCCCCCCAAGACAGAGAGCCCAUGUUUAUGGGAGAGCGUGUGGAUUCAGUGCGAUUUCCAGGGCAGCACAUGUUUGAUCACCAGGGUCCCGGCCCUCUCCUGAACAGCGGUAACAGCCUCCACCACCAGCAGCUGCCAGGCCAGGGCCAUAUGGGCUUCGGGCCGCCAAGACCAUCCUUCAACCAGCCGGGCCAAAGCCCACUAGGACUCUUUCAGAGAGAACCCUCUCGACCCAACCUCCCUCCCCACCAAGGUCACCAGGGAAUGGUCAACUUCAAUCAGCAGGGCGGUCCCCCAAACCAGCCUAGAUCUUUCAUGGGCCCUCGUCAACCAUUUGGCCAGCAGGGGAACAUUUUUCCUCAUCCACAAGUUCAGUUUGGGAUGCAGGUACGACUAAGAGGUUUAAUGCCUGGCCCUCCUGUCUCCCCGCUUCCACAUCACGACCCACUGUCAUCCCAUCCCAUGCACCAGCAGCACCACAGGCAAGAGUUACCACCUCAUCAACACCCACAGGUACAUCUCGGAGAACCUCUACCCAUGAUGCAUCAUGGCCAGAAUCCUUUCCAUCAGCCACAUGCCCAUGGCAGCCCCAGACAGAUGCCCGGACGCCCCUCGAACGCCCAAGUGCGCGGCAUGUCCAACAGGCACAGAAUGAGCGCACCUGCCUCCAAACAGAUGCAGCAGCGCAACAGUAACCUGCGAGAGCUCCCUGUAGCGACGAACACAACAAACAUGAACAGCUCCCGCCCCACACAAGGCCCCGCCUCCUCCACUGCCAACAUCAAGACUGUUGCCAGGACAACGCAGAGGAGUUAUCCUGGGCAGACCCCUCAACCGAUGUCUGGCGUCAGCAAAGGAAGAGGCCAAGCUGUUGCCAAGACUGAACCUCAGCCUGCAGGAGCAGGCAAGCCGGAUGUUCGCAUGGAAGUCCAAAGCACACCUUUAAGCACUACACAACAGGAUCCCAAUGAAGACGAGGAGACUCGGCAGUAUCGUCUUAAGAUCGAGGAGCAGAAGCGUCUGAGAGAGGAGAUUUUAAGAAGGAAGGAAAUGCGAAGACAGAUGCAGGCUGGUGUCAGAAAGAAGGAACUAUUGGAAAGGCUUAAUUCAAAGACGAACACGCAGAGCCAAGGCACUGCUCAGACACAAGCUCAGCCAAAUCAGCAAAUGCAACACCCCGUACAACAACAACAACAACAACCGCUGCUACAGGCGGAUCAAAAACGGCCACUGCAGCAGAGACAGUUUCCUCAGCAAAUGCAACAGACCUCAAACCAAACACCAAGAACUCUCAAUCAAGACAACAGCAUCCCCCCCAACAGUGGCGUUCAGAUUCCAGCCUCCCGUCCGAACGUCAAGGAGCGUCUGCAGCUGGGGAAGAGUACCACACAACAGAACCCUGUUCCUGGUUCCGAACCGCAGUGGAAGCAGCACCAGCAGAAUCAACAACAGGCACUGCAUCCGCAACGAAGGAACAGCAUCCUGCAGGGUGUCAACAGACCUAACGCUGAGCCUCCGUCCAUGCAAACGUCACAAAACAUACCCGUCACUCCUUCAUUGAACCAAGGCCCGGCCCAGACCCAGGGACCCAAACCCGGAGCUAAAAGGACAGUGAUGCAGCGAGCCAGAACCACCAGCACUGAAGGCCAGCAGGUGCCACAAAAAGUUAGAGUCGUCAAACUUUCAGGACUGAGUGGAAAGGGGCUCGAGGCCAACAGCAGCCUGGUGCAGCAGCAGGGUAACUGGGAAGGACCUCCACUCAACCAGGGCAUCCAAAGGAUGGUCACUAUAGUGGGGCAGCAGCAACAGGGACCAGGCGGAGCUCCGCAGGCUAACCGUGUGGACAUAAGCAACCAGCAGCAAGGCAGGGUUGUUGUGUCUGGUCGGGGGAGAGGAAGUGGAAACGUGGGUCGAGGUCGUCCGGUUUCUGCCAGGCAGACCCAAAGAGAAGCAGAGAACCAGCGCCGUACGGUGUCCAUCGAGGGCCUCUCAACAUCCACCACUGAAUAUCAGUUGAAGAACCUGCUCGGAUCAAUCGGUCCCAUUGAGAUGUUCAAGUUGAUUCCUCAGCAAAGAAAAGCGGUUGCCAAGUUUGCCAAUCCUCAGCAUGCACUGAAUUUCCAAAUGAGCUUCCACAGACGUGAUUGUGAUCGACCACACAGGCACAUGAUUGACCUGUCCCACAUCGACGUCUCCCUGAUCGAUGGAUGAGGACCACAACAGAGUCGGGCGUCUUCUACAAGAACUUCCUGUCUCCUAACGUCUCGUUUUCAUCCCUGACGUUGGACGAUUUUGUCACCUCUUAGGAACAUCUCUGCACCAUUGAUCAAUCCCCCCUUCCCCCCCACUUGGACUAGUGAACAUUAGAAAAUGACUCGUAAGCAUGUACAUAUAUAUUCUUUGCCUGUCAAGGCUUUGUAUUUGUAAAUGCACUAAAUAGAGACUCUCAACAGUGAAACCUGCUUUGGUGGAGUUUGUUAAACAGUUUUUUUUUUUCCUUCCUUUUUUCCCUUUCCCUAGACACUUAAGUAUCAUGUAACGAUGACAUAAUGGUUGCUCCCCUCUGCUUGUAGGAUCAUGAAUGCAGAAGGUCACGUGAACAUCUUUCAAAUUUUGAGCUGGUCGUCUUUUCUAUUCUUGGACUUUAGUUGGAUUCCUGCAGGGAAAAGUAGAGACAGAAUUUGAGAAGCUUCUCUGUAGCAGUGUUUCUUCUGCCCUGUAGAUGGCAGUGUUUCCUCACAGCUGAUGGAAGCUGCUGCUUUCAGGCGAUGGGUUAAUGGCACCACCUAGUGGCGAGGCUGUGUGUGAUGGUUUAACCUCUAAGAUAGAAAAGGCUGUUGCGGGGAUUUUUACUGGUUUUGUUGUUGAAGGAUUCAAGAUUGGGAACAGAUAUUUUUUUCUUUUGGUUGUUCUUUCUUCUAGACUUCAAUAAGUAUUUUAACUGUGAAGCAGGAUCAGUUUUCAGCCUGAUUUUUGUUUGUUUUUUAGGUUAAGUUGUAUUUGGAGUCAGUGAAAAGAAGUCUAAGUUUGGUGUUGAUGUAUGGAGUGAGUGUGUGUAAAUACAGAAUUUGGUUUAUAUUGUUAUGGAAGAAAAAAACAUUUUGGUGCAAAAAUUAGUUAAAAAACAUACAUGUUCUAAAAGUAAUAAAUAAAAUGGAAGCAAAUGUCCUUAUAAAGCCAAUUGGUCUGAAUAAAUGUUGCAAAACAUUAACCAUAUAGGUUGAUAAAUUAGAAAAUGUCUCCCAGAUAAAGCAUGUCUUUCUUGAUCUCCAAAUGGGAGCAGUUCCAUUCAUUUCACUGUUUUCACACCUAAGAAUUAGCAUAAAAACACUAUUUACAUUUAUUCAAUUAGGUUUGCAUUCAUCAAACACUUCCUAUAGUUUGAGAAUAAUGGCCAUUUUCAAAUGUAAAUUAUUGUUCAAACGAAAAAGUUCCGACUUUUGUAUUAAAAAAAAAAAAGUGGAGGGGGCAACCAUUGUUUAAAAAAAGUGUCAUGUAAAUAAGUAGAGAUUUUUUUUCCCCUGUGUUGGUAACGUUGUAUCAAGCUAUUUUAUAUUUGAGUACAUGCUGUUGUGUCCAGACGGAAAUCCUUUUUAGGAGAGUUUGUCUCUAUUUUAAAGUAAAAUUUACCACAAAAGAAAGGAAAAAAAAAUCUGGACCACAUUUCUGUUCACCUUUGGAAAAAUUAAAGUUAAAAAAACCAUGCAAAAAAAAUAAAAAUACGGCCAAUAUACUGUGAAUAUGCAGGUAUGUGAAGCCGGUUAACUUUAGCCCGUGCUUGUGUGUCCACUGUCUUUACGCCGACGCAUCUUCAUUGUGUUUCUGCUGAUGUACUUGAUGGAAUCUGUUGGUUCACCUCACACACAAAAAAUCCCUUUGGAGGAAUGAUCCACUCUGGUUUUCAACUUUAUAGAAACACUGGAAACAAGCUGCUACCUCACAUUUUACAUGGAAUGCCACUGAAUUUAUUUAAUGUCACAAAUAUUUGAGAUUUGGGUUUAUGUGUGAUGACGCCUGGCGUUCACUAACAAACUGCACAAUUCAAGCAUAAUUCAAAUCCAGGUUGUUGUUUUUUUUUGACCAGUUAGGACAAAAAGCUGAAUUUAGACAGUAAAAGUCUUCAUUUUUGUCAUUUUAGCUAAGGUUUUGAGGCUGCUGCUUUCAUUCUUGUUUACGUGAUUCAUAAAUUUAGUGGCAUUUUCUUUAAACUUGAGUGAAUUCCAGUUUCUGAAACACCACAAAUCUCAAAACUGCCAAAUGGAGAACGUUCCAUUCUUUGUGCAGAACCCGACGUUGCAUGGUUUGAAGGUUUCCUGUUUGUAUGUUGCCGUUUUGUCGGAAGUGACUUCUUUAUGUUUUUUCCUCUUUUUGUUUUGAGUUGUGGAGAUGUUUUUCUUUUGUUUAUAGUUUUGAUUUGUUUUCUAUUUUGAACUGACAUUCUGUACCGGGUGUUUGUUGUUGGCUCAGUUGAGGUUCUUUACGGUAAAUCCUAUGGAUUUGAAUUUUAAGUACGGGCUUUGCCGGUGAUGAUGAUGAUGAUGAUGAUGAUGAUGAUGACGCGGUUUUGUGUCAUGAAACCAGAACAGAUUCACGUUGAAUCUCUUUGUACUUUCAGUGAAAGAAUGAUCAACAUGUGCUGUGAAUUCUCAUGUAGAAUCAAAGCAUUUAUUUAUAACAUUUAGUUUCUUUCUUCAGCUUUUAAAAUGACAUUUAACCUCAUCGAUCUUCCCGCCACAUGUGACUAAAUCAGAGUUUUUAAGGUAACUUUAUGGCUUUAAUGUUUCUGGGCUAUUAUGUGUGUUUAUUUUAUGUCAUUGCAUCAAAGAUGCCUCAAUCAACUCUAAUGUGUUUUAUUCCAUCAGGACUGUUUGCUGGAACAUUAAUGAUGAUUUUUGUGUUUUUACAGGACAAAUCCACCUUAAAGCAGUGACUCCAUCAGCUUAAAUCUGUUUUUUCCCCAACAACCUUCUUUAGUGGUUUGGCAUGUUUUUAUCAACAAAUAUUGCAAGAUUUCUCGUCUUGAAGACAUAGAAAUGCACACGCUUUAACAUUUAAUUCCCUUUUUGACACUUUGAGAAUAAAACGUACAAGAAGUUUCAGGUUAUUUGCACAAAUCUGGAAGAAUUAGGAUUAGCUGCAAAGGUUUGCUAAUUUACGAUGUUGUUUUGUACAUUAGUUCUUCAGAUAAGACGACUCUUUGUAAUUGAGUUGGUAAAGGCAUGCUGGACCAGUGAGGAGAUGGGUUGGUGUUGCAGUUUUCAGGUUUUCUCAUCGCUGACACCUGAAGGCAGCUCCAUGGACUGUUCUUUUUAACCCGUUUUUCCUGCAGAGGUGCUAACCUGAUGAUCGGAUGCUGCUGCGUCGUUCCCGCCUCCACCUUUUAACCCUUUUGUAAAAAUUAUUUCAGCGUCGCCGCCUCCAGCAAAGGUUUUGCGUGUUUUUUUUAUUUUUCCUCCCUGAACAGCUGCUGCUGCUGCUCCUGUUGUCCCCCUGACCCAAUAAUCCGUUUCAUCGCCUGUUCUUUUUAUUUUCCGAUGCUGUUGAAUCCACUUCUGUAUCCAGCAGGGUGGCCUGCCUGGAUUACCGUUCUUUGUUAGCCCAGUGGAUGGAGGUUUCCAUCUGUGUGACGACAGCCGGGGUCAUUGAGCAGACGCGUUACUCUAAAGCAAAGCCGCUUUAACAGCUUUCUCUGCACCAAAGGUCAUCCCAGCGUCUUGACAUUCGUUGUUGGUCGAAUUUUACAAAAAGACUCUUCCUGAUAUCGAACUGUACGGGAAACCAAACGACUGAAACUCGCUGCCUUUUUUCGAAAAGCAAUUGAUAUAUCAUCUGAUGUAUCAUUGAUGAUGUUUACUCUGUUGGAUUUUUCGGAAAUGUUUUCCAAUACUGUAACACGCUGUUGUGUGAAAACUAACAUUUUUGUACCAUUUUUCCUCAAAAAACUGUUGGAAAAUAAAAGAUGAGGAGCAAAAUAAA